AUGGCACCAAAGCAAAACGCAAAGCCGGGUGCUGCACCAAAGGCGCCUUGUCCGAGAGGAGCACGGGCUAAGGCUGAAGGUCCGGCAAAUCCUGCACGGACCGAACGAGUCAAGAAAGUAGACAAUGACAAGAUCAUAGAAUUGAGCGCGGACGAGAAGGAGAAAUACAAGAAUCAAUGGAGCAAGUUUUUAGGCACAAAAAAGGAGGAAACAACGGAGCCUCAAGCUUCUUCUUCUGAUGCUGCCACUUCGACGUCCAGCACUUCGGCUACUCCAAAAAAAUUGGGUUCAGGCCAGGGCGGCCCUUCUCAGGCAUCGAUAGAGGUGCAGGAUUCGGAAUCUGGCUCAGUGCAUUCUGUGGGCUCCGACUCUGUGAAGGCAAAGGUGGAAAUUGCAGCGAAAAAACAACCCGCUUUUCCGGAUGUUAGUCACACUGAAGCAGCCAGCAGAGGAGAGAAGAAGAUUGAGAAUGAGAAGAUGGAAAUUGCUGAAAUUCCUGGCGAGGAGGCUUCAAUCGAAGAAGCAAUGUCCCACAUGAUAGCCAAGUAUGAGGCAGACCAUCAAUGCGAAGUGAUCUCCGAAUCAGACAUCGCAGCGCGCAUCAAAUCCAUCAAAGAGCAUCCCACGUUUUUGGCUUUCAUGACCGAGCAUGAAACCGAUUUAGACUUUGGAUCUGGACCUCAGACAUCUGAAGGGAGCACAGCCACAAAACCGUUUGACAUGCCUGAGAAUUUUGAGAAUGACUUUGCAGUUUGGCAAGAGUGGUUGAAGAAACAUGAGGAGAUUACCUCCGCGUUGGAUCGCCGGAUUGGCGAGAUCAAGAAGCACCCGCUCUUCGAUCAAUUCAUCCGUGAGACUUGGCCGUCUGACGCCGACCCAGACUGUGUUUUUGGCGGUGAUCCAGAAGAAGAUGUCCCCGCUUUCGAGUCUUGGCUACAGGCACAGGAAAAUACAGAAGAUGCUGAAACUGCUGAAACCCAAGAGGUUGGAGAACAGCAGCAACACCGUUUUCCGCAACCGCCUACUUCUGACCAUCCAGACAUCAAUCGGAUCUUGGAGAGUGCUGCUGAGAUUAUGAUGGGCCGAAUUUCCAAGCAGCUGCAGCAUGUCCAUGACCGGCUGCGGUCUUUGCCAGAUGAAUUGACGUGCGGUGACUUUUUUUCGGGUGCUGGCACCUUUGCAAAAGUGGUCGACGUUGCCUUCCAUGCUUUCCAGCAGGCUUUUCCCGACGCGAUGUCCGGCAAAACAGUGAAUCACAAAUUCAUGUGUGAAAAGGAGCACUUCAAACAGCAAUUUCUCCUGACCAUGUUUGACGGUCCUGACUAUGCGGACACAUGUCUCUUCACUGAUGCAACGACUUGCUUUUCCGCGCCGCAGUGUGCACGGCAUCCUUCACGAAGCUGCGUAAUGCCUCAAGGUCCUGCGGAUGGACUGCUCAAACUGCUCCUGUUCAAUGCCGGGUUUAGCUGCAAAAGCUUCUCCAAGUUACACAAGGACUACAAGAACCUCUUGCAGGCUAUCUAUGAGGGGAAUGAGGAGUCUUCGAGUAAUGUCACCUUCAGGGCAUCACUUGAAGUGCUGAAAAAGAUUUUCGUCACUUGCUUUAUUCUCGAAAAUCUAGACCUACAAGAUGAUGAAGAAGAUGGGAGAGGCAACUUUGAGAAUAUUAUCAAGCUCCUGGAGGGAGCCGGCUCAGCAGGCUUUUGGGUAAGGGCCUUCCUCAUCAAGUCGGUUGACUACGGCACUCCGCAGAGACGGAGACGGCUGUUCUUUGUGGGGCUCAACAAAGCCACACAGUCGGAAGGGUCCCUGGACAAGAUUGAGCAGCUACUCAAAGGCUUGCAACUUUCUUGCCAGCCACCAGAAGAUUUCAUGCUUCCUGCGUCGCACCCAGCAGUUCUGACGGAGUUGGAACGCAAACAAGACAGUAACCAUCAGGAACAACAAGGCCGUGGCAAAGAGAAAGACAAAGACAACGCAGACGUUGAGAAAGACUCCGUCAUGAUUGCAAAGUGGAAGUCGACACACAUGGAACUGGCUGAGAAAC